GGACACCCGAUCUCUGCAGACCAUGCUCAGGACACCCCCGGCCACCAGCACAGGUCUGUGAUACCUCCUGUCAGCAAAACCAACUCACACAAGGAGUUUACAAUGUCAAGCAACAUUUCUGAAUGUCAUCUCUAUGAAGAAAUGGAACCCUUUACCUAUUUUUACUACUUGAUUUUUCUUAUGGGAAUUAUUGGAAGCUGUUUUGCGCUGUGGGCAUUCACACAGAAGGACCAGAAAAAAAAGUGCAUGAGCAUCUACUUAAUCAACCUCCUCACUGCAGAUUUCCUGCUGACUUUGACACUGCCGGUGAAGAUUAUUGUUGACCUAGGAAUUGCAUCCUGGAGUCUGAGAAUAUUCCACUGCCAAGUCACGGCCUGCUUCAUCUACCUGAACAUGUAUCUGUCAAUCGUAUUUCUGGGAUUCGUGAGCAUGGACCGCUGCCUGCAGCUGAUGCACAGCUCCAAGAUGUACCGCGUGCAGGAGCCGGGCUUUGCCAAGACGCUGUGCGCCGUGGUGUGGGCCAUGCUCCUGCUCAUCACCGUGCCCAACAUGGCCAUUCCCAUCAGGCACAUCGAGGAGCGCCCGGGCGUCGGCUGCAUCGACCUCAAAACCAAGUUCGGGAGGGACUGGCACGUGUUCACCAACUUCAUCUGCACAGCCAUCUUCCUCAACUCCUCGGCGGUGGUGCUGGUGUCCAACUGCAGCACCGGAGCGCUGCUCGUCAACGCCAGCGGCCCCGAGCUGCACAAGUUCAUCGGCGCCAUCCAGUACGGGCUCUUCUCCGGGCAGCGGGUGCGGCAGUGCGGGCUCGGGGGCAGACCGCUGCAGUUCUCAUUUUUUCCAGAUUUGCUCAGAAUUAUCCCUGCAAGUAUCCAUGUCAGCGUCAUUCUGUUCUGCACAGUGCUGAUUGUCUUCGCCCUGGUGGGAGCAGGGUUCUUCAUGUUCAAUGCCUUUGGCAGCCCCUACGAGACGCUGCACGGCCCCGUGGGGCUGUACCUGUGGAGCUUCAUCUCCUGUUCCUGUGGCUGCCUCAUCAUGAUUCUCUUCUCCUCAGAGGUGAAGAUCCACCACCUUUCAGAAAAAAUUGCUAACUUCAAAGAGGGAACUUUUACAUUCAAGACUCACAGUGAGCAGUUUGCAAAUUCCUUCUGGACCAUCCUGGUUUGCUCCCUGGUGCACUUCCUCAAUGCCCUGCUAAUCCGAUUUGCUGGAUUUGAAUUUCCCUUUUCAAAAUCAGAAGAGUCAGGGACAAUCACAGGAGCAGUUGACUUGAUGUAUUAAAAUGAUGGGAUUUCAAAACAUUUCAAGCAAAGAAAUUUAUCACUAUUACAUCAACAACCACCAGAUGUACCAAUUUGUGAACGAUUGCCCUAGAGAAGGUAAAAAAAGGGAAAGUUUCAAAUAAGUGUUAAUGUGGUGUAAGCAGUGAACAAAAGAAGAUGUGCUGUAUGGAAAUGCCUGGAUGGAAAAGCCCUCUAAGACAUUUUUUUCCCUUUUAAACUGUUUAAAAAGUGGCUGGUAUGAAGAAAACCAGGAAUCUCGGUAGCAUUGCCCUGACUCUGGCAAGUCCAGUCAAUGGGUUCAGUGGAAGCACACACUCGCCAGCAGCAGCUGUGCCCUCAUUCCUGGUGAAGGCCAGGGUGCAGCCGAGACCACGCCAGAGCAGCAGGGCAAGGGACACCCAGCAAGGCACAGGGCAGCGCCCAGCUCUGCCCCAGCACACCCAGACUCAGCCCAACUGCAGCGCUCAGAGGGCACAACCCAACACCUGCACUUCCACCUGGCUCCACGUGCAUGGCAGCAGCAUCGUUUCUCUCCAUGAAACUCUCUGGUUUUUCCCUUUUAACAAACCAAACUGCUCCAAACCCAAAGCACUGGGAGCCCUCAGCCCCCAGCAGUUGCUGCAGCUUGGUGACAAAGCUGACACAGCACAACAGAUGCAGGGGAGAUGCCACGUGCUGCUGCUGGCCUGAGGGAGGCAGCCAGGCUUGGCAGAGCUGAGCAAACCCUCUGCAGCUCACCAGGCAAAGGGCAUUUCCCAGGGCAGAGCACGGGACUGAGCCCAGGCACCGCCACCUUCCACUGCCCCCUCCAGAGAACAGUGCUGCAGAUUCUCAUCAAGCAAUGCCAACAAACCCCAUCAGAACCCCUGGCGAAGGGCAGCAACAGCACAGCAGACAGGCUCUCCUGCAGGCUGCAGCUCAGCAGGGACUGAGGGACAAACACGGGAGGGUCUGGCAUGGGAAGCCAGAACAGAUGGAUGCAUCAACCCUCGCCCUUGGACCGCCCCAAGCCAGCUAAAGCACGGGAUGCUCCCCAGGCUGAGCAUCACACCAGCAAACGCUGC